UAGUUGUUCACUUCCCGUCAGGCGCAAUGCACAAAUUCGUUGGGCCCAGUGCAUGCAUGAGCAGGCAAGACUUGAAGGCACUUACGUUCAGACUUCCACCACCAAAUCCAUGGCGAUGGUAGCUCUAGCCUCCAGCUAGCUCAGGAGGCAGGUCCUUGAGGAUCCAUCACUGGCAUCAGGGUAACCUUUUCCCUCUUUGGCAGCCCAAUGUGAUCUCCGCAGUGUGCUUCCAUUGCGAAUUGAUGGAAUGCAGGGGCGUGCAUUGACAUACCUAGUUGCCAAAACAGGACAUUAAGUGCUGUGGUCAGUGCAUUCCGAGACAGCAUGGGCCCAAAGAAGAAGGGAGCUGGCAGGGCCUCUGGUGGCAGCGCACCCACCGAUGAGCAGGACAAUGCACCCCGCCCCCCUGCCCCACCUCGGAGAGUAGUGGUAGGCCCUUAUGCCCCACCAUUGUCCCAAAGCAAUUCGUCGGCCUCCAUUCGCAGCAUUCCCUCACGCGCGCCUCGGGCUUACACCCCUCCUCUGCUUGGGCCUCAGCAAGGAGCACCCCCCGCAGACGCUGGCACUGUAACGCCCCCCCCGGGGUUCAAUGGCGCACCGCCACAGGUUCAGCAGCCGGUGGGGGCCAGGCCAGCAGGCUCCCCCGGGCCUGCAAUGCUCCCUCGCCCGGCCUACAACCCGCUAGGCCCCAGGCCACCUGUUCAGGCAGCGACCCCUGCCACAGGUGCGCCAGUAGGGCCUAGGCCCCCACAGCAGCCUAGCGCCCCCAGUCUGCGGGUGAUGCUGCCAGCGGAAGUGACUGCGGCGCAAGGCAUUGGGAAGCUUCAGUUGAAGGAGCAAUCCGGGGCUGGCAGUGCGGCUGAGAGCUCGGGGACACCUCGCACGACUAUGCAGCCGACGACGGGGAAGGAUAUCGAACCGGCGCUUCGACCGGGCUUUGGGACGCUUGGAAGGCGGGUCGACUUGAAGGCUAACUUCUUCAAGGCCGCCUGCUCCAAAGAGACGUUCUUCCAUUAUGAUGUUGUCAUCAGUCCCGACACGGACAAGACAGCCAUCCGCCGCGCUGUGAUCAGAGAGCUUGUUCGGACGCACAGGAGCACUACCCUGGCAAACGCACUCCCCACCUUCGACGGAAGCAAGAGCCUGUACACAGCAAGGCCCCUGCCGUUCCAUUCCCGGGAGUUCACUGACAUCACUCCCCCCGAUGAGGUGCCAUUGCCCCCUCCGCCGCCUGGGCAGCCUGCAAGGGAGCUCAGAAGAUUCAAGGUCACGCUGUCGAUAGUAGCCAACAUCAACAUGGAGUCCUUUAAGCGCUUCCUUGAAGCAAGGUCGUUGGAGCUUCCUCAGACGUCCAUCCAAGUGCUCGACAUUGUGAUGCGGGAAAUGGCGCUGCUUUCGAAUGUACUGGUGGGGCGCUCCUUCUUCAACGAGAACGUGGACCGCCCUGUGAACCUCUCUGGAGGCUUGGUUGCGUGGCGGGGCUACUAUCAGAGCAUGCGGCCUACUCAAGGCGGGCUCAUGCUGAACCUGGACAUGUCGGCCAGCGCGUUCCACAAGCCGAUCAACGUCAUUGACUACAUCCCGGAGGUCGUGCCCAGGUGGAGCGGUUCCACCCUAGGAGACGCAGACAGGGUCAAGUUGGGGAAGGCCCUGGUUGGCGUGCGCUUCGAGGUGACCCACCGCGGGGAGAUGCGCCGCCGGCACCGCAUCAUGGGGAUCACCCGCAAGGCGGCGAGGGACCUCAAGUUCUUGUACAAUGGCGAGGAGAUCUCCGUGGAGGGGUACUUCCUGCAGGCUUACAACUACAGGCUCAGGCACCCCGGCCUGCAGUGCUUCGAGGUGGGGGCCAAGAAGGAUGUCCUCAUCCCCAUGGAGGUGUGCCGCAUCGUGGGCGGUCAGCGGUACCCGCGCAAGCUGAGCGACAGCCAGGUCUUGGAGCUGCUCAGGAUUGUCCAACAGAAGCCCGCAGAGCGGAAGCGCCUCACCGAGAGCAUGGUGGCCAGGAACGACUACGGCCGUGACGAGUAUGCUCGCGAGUUCGGGCUAACGAUCAGCAAGGACAUGAGCGAUGUGCCGGGCCGGGUGCUCAAUCCUCCCACGGUGGUUUACAAGGAGAUGAACCAGAAGGACAAGCUGUAUCAGCCGAGAGACGGCGCCUGGAACCUCAGGAGCACAUGCUUGUACUCGGGGGUGAACAUCGACCGAUGGGCCGUGCUGUCGUUCGUGUCCCGGAGGAUGCAAAGCGCGGUCGCCAACUUCGCAUCCAGGCUCGCCAGCAAGUGCAACGAGAUGGGCAUGAACAUGAACCCCGCGACGCUGCUGCCGGUGGAGGACUGGCUGGUGGGCGACAACGCCUUCUCCAGCCCGCGCGAAAUGACGGCUGCGCUCAAGGCCGUCACGAGCCAGGCGCACCGCACGGACCCCCAGGGCCUCCAGCUGCUCAUUUGCGUCUUUCCCAGCAAGGAGGCGCAGCCGUACGGCACGUUGAAGCGCGUGUGUGAGACGGAAAUUGGCGUGGUCACGCAGUGCUGCCUCGCGAGGCACGUCCAGAAGAGCGACCCGCAGUACCUGGCAAACGUGGUGCUCAAGAUCAACGUCAAGGUGAAGGCCGGGGACGGCGAGGCGCCCGCGAUCAACAAUUUGCUGUCCAAGGAGCUGCAAGGGAAGCUGCCCUUCAUCAACGAGGACAACGUGCCCACCAUCAUCUUCGGGGCUGACGUCACGCACCCACAGCCUGGCGAGAGGGACGAGGGCACCUCCGUUGCGGCGAUCGUGGCGAGCCAGGACUGGCCGUAUGUGAACCGCUACGAAGCACUCGUGAGCGCGCAGCCAGGCACAGAGGAGAUCAUCCAGAACGCCGAGGGCAUGUUCAGGGAUCACCUGAUAGCCUUCUACCGGAAGACGGGCCAAAAGCCCCAGAGGAUCAUCAUGUACCGAGACGGGGUCAGCGAGGGCCAGUUUUACCAGGUGCUGUUGCACGAGCUCAGAGCGCUGUGGAAGACGUGUGCGAAGCUGGAGCCCGGCUACAAGCCCAAUGUGACGUGGAUUGUAUGCCAGAAGCGCCACAAAACGCGGCUGUACUGCGCCGACGAGCGCCAGGCGGACAGAUCGGGAAACAUUCCCGCUGGCACUGUGGUGGACCGGGUGAUCACUCAUCCCAGCCAGUUCGACUUCUAUCUCAACAGCCACACCGGCUUGAAGGGGACGUCGCGGCCGUGCCACUACCACGUGCUGUACGACCAGAACAAGUUCACCGCUGACGCCAUCCAGGACCUGACCAACAGCCUCUGCUACACGUUCGCGCGCUGCACGCGCUCCGUUUCCCUAGCCCCGCCAGCAUACUACGCGCACUUGGCGGCAUUCCGGGCUCGGUUCUACAUGGACUCAGCGGAGAACGACCGGGGGAGCGUCUCGAGCGGCAGCUCGGGUCGCCGGGAGGCCGGGCGGGCCGCAUACCGCUUGCCAGCGAUCAAGGAAGCUUUACAGGAAACCAUGUUCUUCUGUUAGCGAGGAUUUCGAAGCGUUGGGCCUCAUCAGACGGCUAGAAAGUCUCCGCAGCUGGCCGGUGCAGCGCCCACCAUUGUUGAUCCCGUUUGGCAUCCUGCUGGCUGUCUAAUGCAGGAUGGGUUCGUUUUGAGAAGCUGGACAUGAAUCGUGCAAUGGGUGCUUGCGGCGGUACCACUCAACGUAAAGUCACGACGGUGUGCCUCUUACGAGGCAACAAUGCCAAACUACCAAUUGACUGCAUUAGACUUGCAGGCCCCUUACAAUGUGCUGAACGGCCGGUGAAGUUGUGCAGCAGUUCGCCGUCAGGUCGCGAGGAUUGUUGAGCAAACUCACUGAUUCAAAGCUGGCAUAUGACUUUACGGAUCGCCCAAAACUGGAGAUGGAAAAGGACCAUGAUUUCUUUUGAAGUGUGUGAGGGCUACACUCAAUGAUCGUGAUCGAACGGAGUCGUCGUUAUCUAGCUCAAUCAAUGCGGG